GACCUCUCACCCCUGCUAGAAAAGCUCCCACCGACGCGUGGUUCGGGGCGCUCAGCCGCACCAAGGCGAUCGCCCGGCAGAGGGCGCCACGAGUCCACUUUGCACCCCUACGGAGGUGGGGGUAAGCGGAACCACUAUUCCCCACCCCCAACCCGCACCCACACAGGCACGGGGAGACCCAGACCGGGGGAGACAACCUCCCAGGCCAGCAUCUUCCCUGCACCACCAACCUACCUCCUGUGGGGAAACGGGUCACAGGCAGACUUGCCCCAGGCCACGGCUGGAGCAGGACAAGCUAGGGGGCUUCCCAAGCUCGAAACCAAGGCUACACGAACCUGGGUGAUGGGUGGGGGGCGCAGUUCGCCAAUCAGAGUCCCUGUCGCAACCAGCCAAUCAAAGAGCCCCUAGCAGAAGGCGGAGCCUGCCAAUUAGGGGUGCCCAGCGCGGAGCUGCGGAAACCAUGGGAUCUUGACAGUGGGGGGCGCGCUGUCCAGAGCGUGAGGAGGGGAAGUGGUCAGGGGCUGUAUGUGCGGCUGAGCAUCCCGUUCCUGUUACCUCAGUUUCCCUGUACGUGAGAGGUGAAAGCCCCGUGCUGGCACCCUAGCAGGAAGGAAACUGAGGCUGGAGGUCGGCCCGGGUGGCUGCCUGACGGAGGAGGCGCCGGCAGCUAAGGGGCGGGGCUUACCGUGGCCCCGCCCCCGACGGCUAUCAGCCGGGCACUGUUCCCCGCGCGCUGCCGCCAGGUCUGCCAGGUCUGCCGGCUCCGGAAUAUGGACACCUCCGGGACCCCGGCACAGACCACCGCCCCGGGCCCGGGUAGGAAGGAGCUGAAGAUCGUGAUCGUGGGCGAUGGCGGCUGCGGCAAGACUUCGCUGCUCAUGGUGUACAGCCAGGGCUCCUUCCCCGAGCAUUACGCCCCAUCCGUGUUUGAGAAGUACACGGCCAGCGUGACCGUGGGCAGCAAGGAGGUGACCCUGAACCUCUACGACACCGCCGGGCAGGAGGACUACGACCGGCUGCGGCCCCUGUCCUACCAGAACACCCACCUGGUGCUCAUCUGCUACGACGUCAUGAACCCCGUCAGCUACGACAACGUCCUCAUCAAGUGGUUCCCUGAGGUCACGCAUUUCUGCCGUGGGACCCCCAUGGUGCUCGUGGGCUGCAAGACGGACCUGAGGAAGGACAAGGAGCAGCUGCGGAAGCUCCGGGCGGCCCAGCUGGAGCCCAUCACCUACCUGCAGGGCAUGAGCGCCUGCGAGCAGAUCCGAGCCGCCCUCUACCUGGAGUGCUCAGCCAAGUUCCGGGAGAACGUGGAGGACGUCUUCCGGGAGGCGGCCAAGGUCGCCCUCAGCGCCCUGAAGAAAGCGCACCGGCGGAAACACCGCCCGCUCUGCCUGCUGCUCUGACCCCGCCGGGCCGGGCCGGGCCGAGUGCACGCCUUGAGGACCGGACUGACCGGGCCCUGGUGUCUGGCCCACUCCUCGGGGUCCCGCCGCAGCCCCAGCCCUCAGAGGGCACUUGGGGUCGGGCGUCUCCAGGGCCUGCUACCUGGAGCCUGUGGCAAGACUCCUAGGAUGUUCUGGAACUCGCUCCUUUCCCAGCUGGGGCUCUGACUGUGAACCCUGCCUCCGGGGCCCUCGUGCCAGUGGGCGAGGGUGCUGGACCCAGUUCCCCUGUGCCCUGGAACUGGCAUCUGUCCCCAGAACUCUGGAGUGCCCUCUGCACACCUCCCCCCAGCCUCGUGUGUCCACCUUCGCACACCCGGCGGGUCCCCAAAGCCCGCACUCCAAACGCCAGGCGACACUGGGUGCGGGGAAGUGCAGACUGGGCAGCACCCCAGGGGCCCCACGCCUGCGGCUCCCUGGGCUCGGGAGAUAGACCCGGCUGCAUCCUCUGGCUCCUGGCUUCCUUCCCCCGGGCACUGUCGGCCACGAGGGGACCAGACCUAUCAGGGGCACACAGGCGACGGCCCCGGAUGUAGGGGCUGGCAAACCCCCCGCUCUGCCCCCUCCACCCCACACAGAGGACUUCAGGCCCAGCCUUUGGCUCGGCCGACACCUUUCCAGAGCUGGACGCACAUGACCAGGGGGAGGAGGAGCUCGGAAAGCAAACGGACACCCUGGACUACCUGUCCACCCCUGCUCUGGGUCUCCCUGCCCGCAGCAACCCCCCGCCGCCAACUCGAGAUGAAGAGUGACACCAGCUCCUGAUCUCGGAUGAGUCCCUUCUCUCUACAGACCGUCCCUGUCUUCGAAAGGACAGUGCCGGCUGGUGCAAGAGCCACCAGGCCCCCCUGCCCCUCACGGCCACCACGACAGCCGAAGCAAGACCGCCCCGGCCACAGACUCACUGAACCCCCUCCAGGAGGGCCGGGGAACGUUUGGACCAGUGCCCCCGGCGGUUCUAACACCCGAGACCCAGAGCCACUCGGUUCCGAGCGAGCGCAGGAGUCAGCAACCCCGGAGACGCGACGAUGCUCCCGGAGGCCCUGCCCCCGAUGCCGGGGCCACAAAGCCCGAGCCUUUCCGAAGCCACCUGCUGGGGAGAGAGACCUCCGACACCCACAGCACCUCACCCAGGUUCCCCGGGGCCCUGCCACGCCCUGGGGACAGAGCAGGGCGUUCAGUCCAAGGACCUCUGGUUUGGGCAGAAUUCGGGGCCUCGGGGACAAAUGAGGGUUUGGGACCAAGGUCAGCAAAUGACGGCCGGUGAGCCAAAUCCAGCCGCUCCGUGUUUGUGGAUAAGGUUUUAUUGGGAGACAGCCGCGCCCACUCACUUGUGCGCCUGCCGCUCGUGCCCUGCAGCUGCCGGCUGCAGCGGCUGUGACAGGCCACCUGGCCCCUCACAGGGAAAGUUGGGGACGUCCAGACCGGGGCAGUGACUUCCAGCUGGCGCGCCCCAGAAUUUUUGGAACAUGCCCCACCUGACUGUUUAGUCAGGGGUUCUGAUCCCCUUUCCCUUAGACUGUUGAAUAAAAAAUGUGACAACAGCCAACGCACUAGCUGUCCGGUAUGAAUGAUUUGAAAUUACAACUUUUUUUUGGUCAGAUCGGGGAAAAAAAAGGUGUAUUUUUUGGUGUGCAGCAGAAUCUUAGUAGUUUACACGUGCCAGGAAGUGAAAAGGCUAAAAGUCGCUGGUCUCGGGUGGACCCAAGGACCCAGCGGGCAGCUGGGGGGCCUGGCGAGUGGGGGAGGGCGGGGGUCUCAGGGCAGCAGCGGGCUCUGCCGCCAACUAGAGAGCCAACCCCAUCCUGGCGGACGGCUCGGCCGGGAGCUGCCCUGUGAGAAUGUUGCCAGGUCUUUCCAUUUUUCUAGGGAAGUUCGUAUUUUAAAAAUGUAACCAAUUAA